GCUUCUAGGGGUCCCGUAAACAAGAAAAUCCGUCUCCAAAGCAGGGAGGGAGGAGGAAUGGGGAGAUAUUGUGAGAAGCACCAGGAGUCCCUAAAACUCUUCUGUAUGGAGGAUGAAACUGUAGUCUGCCUGGUGUGUGACAAAUCCAGGAAGCACAGAGAUCAUGAGGUGAUUCCUGUGGAUGAGGCUUCUGAGGACUACAAGGAAAAGAUCAAUAGCUACCUGGAGAACCUUAGGAAAGAAAGAAAGAAAAUUCUGGCCUAUGAAGCAGAACUGGAAAAGGAAAGCCAAGACCUCCUUAAAUGUACAGCAACUGAGAUGCAGAAGGCAGAGGAGAAGUUCAGAGAACUGCACCAAUUUCUGCUGAAUCAGAUCAAAGAGGUGGAGAAAGAGAUUGCAGGGAGAAGGGAUGAGCACCGGGCUAGACUCUCCAGGAAACUCUCCUCUCUUGAAAGGAUCAUCCAGGAGAUGGAGGAAAAGAGUCAGCAGCCAGCAAGUGAACUCCUGCAGGAUGUGGGAAGCACCUUGCAGAGGUGUGAGAGAACAGAGAGAUUGGAGAAUCAACUGGCUUUUCCUCCAGAGCUGAAGGAGGAGGCCUCCAGAUUCUGUGAUAUGAAUCUCCGUCUGGAGGAAGUCCUGAAGGAAUUCAAAGGUAAUGACGAAAGGCUGCAAGGAUUUUAUGCUGGGCAUUACAUUAGUCUAACACAGAACAUGUUAGGCUCUUACUAUGCUAUGAUAUUCAGACAACAGUUUCAGAAAGCAAAUGUCACUCUGGAUCCAGACACAGCCCAUUCCUGCCUCAUCCUAUCCAAGGAUGGGAAAAGCGUGAGAUUGGCAGACAGAAAGCGAGUUGUGCCCAAUAAUCCUGAGAGAUUCAACAACUGGCCUUCUGUGUUGGGACGUGAGGAAUUCACAGCAGACAGACUUUUCUGGGAGGUCACUGUGGGAAGUGAGGGAGAAUGGGCUGUGGGGGUCGCCAGGAAGUCUAUAGGGAGAAAGGGCCGCUUUCCCUUCAGUCCUGAGGGAGGGCUCUGGGCUCUGGAAAAGAUGGGAAAUGGGUACUGGGCCUGGAACCCGCCUUAUAACACUCCUCUGUCCCUGAGGGAGAAGCCCAGGAGGAUCCGGGUGACUCUGGACUAUGAAGGGGGACGUGUGUCUUUUUCUGAUGCUGACUCAGGAGCCGAACUCUACACGUUCUCAGGGGCCUCAUUCUCUGGAGAGACCCUCCUCCCUUUCUUUCGCCUGUGGGGAAAUGAAACCCACCUCAGGAUCUCCUGAGGAGACUAAAUCUGCCUCUCAGGCCCAGCAGGAGUUUCUCUCCAGAAAAGAAGGGCUAAGAUAAAACCCAACAUUUACCUCAGUUGCACUUUGGGCAGCUUUUUAGGGGCCGUGUGAGAAGAUUACUCUACAAUCAGCAGAAAUAACAAAACAGACAAAAAUGGUUGCCUUUUCCUGCUUUUUAUUUCCCUUUCCCAGAAUUCUCUCUGCAGAUUAUUUCUUAAACAGACGGUAACACUUUUAACAGGGACGCGGGUGGCGCUGUGGGUAAAAGCCUCAGCGCCUAGGGCUUGCCGAUCGAAAGGUCGGCGG